AACGUCUUACAUUGUUGUUGUAGUAAUAACAUUCACAAUUUCACAUACAAUAAUAAGUGACUCUCUUUCUCUCUUGCCCCUAACAAUAAAAACUUACGCGGUUUUUUCCCACCACAUUUCCUGCACUUCUUCCGCAACUCUCUCCUUCAAACAAAAACCUUACAAAGUGUUGCCGAAUUUGUGGGAAAGGCGGAGAUUGUCGCCUCCACAGCCCGAUCUUCCAAGCAACCAUCGAAAACCCCCAAAAAAAUUAAAAAAAAAAAAAAAUAAUAAUGGCAUCUUUGAGUCAUUUUCUUCUUUAUUUCUUCCUCUUCUCCUUCUUCCUUAUCACAGGCUUGGCCUCUUCUAAUUCCUCUUUCCUUUCAGAUGAAAUAUUUGAGUCACGUGAUGAAUCCACCGGCCGUGUCCUCCUUCAGGCCAAGAAGGCAUGCACUGAAAACUUUGAGAACAAGAACUAUACAAUCCUCACAGCCCGGUGCAAAGGACCACAAUACCCACCUGUGGUUUGCUGUAACGCUUUGAAAGACUUUGCUUGCCCUUUCGCGGAUGCCAUCAAUGACUUGACAACUGAUUGUGCUUCAACCAUGUUCAGCUACAUCAACCUCUAUGGAAAAUACCCACCAGGCUUGUUUUCCAACCUGUGCAGGGAAGGAAAGCUUGGUCUAAAUUGCACUGAUGUAGGACCUGAUCCCGAUGACAUUAGUUAUGGAGUUCAUACAACUGUGACACACUCUACAUUGCUAAUCAUCACUGCUGGCUUCAUAGUCUUCUUAUUAUUCCAUUGGUUCUGAAGGAUGAAAUUUAUGAGAAUAUAUUGCCACUUUUUACUAUUUAUUGGUUUAGUUAUUCA